AAAAAGUAUAAAUAACAAUAAAAGAAAACCACUUUCUUUCUUUCUUAUUAAUCUAGAGGCGUGCCUGUCUAAAUGAAGUUUUUGUGGACUGCUUUGACAUUUUGUCUGUUGAUUUGCCUUGUCAGUGCAUAUGACUGUGAGUGGAAAUCAUGUUUUGGUGCAAGCGAUCAUGAUACACUGCAAUGUUGUGGUACGAGCAGCCCUGGUAGAUGGUCAAGUGCUGGAGAUUGUGAAGUUAUGAGAGGUUAUGGCAAAAUAUUUGAUGACUGCUGUUGGCAGAAGUAUAGAAGUCCUACAAUAACAUCAAAUGGUUAUCAUAAAUGCAAGCAUGCUCAUAGAAUUUAACCUAUAUUAAAAU